AUGAAAGUUGGCUUGAAACUGAAAAAUUUUGUUAAAUAAUUUGACUGCACAGCUAAGCAAGUAAUAGAUCAAUAAAAAAUCGUGACCUAUAAGUCAGUGCAUAUGACAGCUAACAGAAACAAUCAAUCGAGUCAUGUGACCUUGGAAAAUUUCGACAUAGCUCUAGGUCUAGUAUUUUAUGAUGGAUAAAGUCAUCUUUAUGAGAAAUAAAACCUUAACAGAUAUUACAAGAUAGAUGCAACUUAUUAUGAAUUUGGAUAGAAAUAUAAUGAAGAUGGAACUAGAGUUCCUACGAGAUCUUUUUCUUCAAUUGAUAUGAUUCAGUGCUAGCUAGGAAGAUUCUAGGACAGUUAAGGAGAUUUAAAAGAGCUAGGAAUCAACCAACCUGGUUGGUACUGCCCAGAAAAAUUAGACUUUUAGUUGAGAGGACAGAUCGCAAGCAAUGUAAGGUCAAAUAUCCGCCUUCGAAUUAGACCCUGUGAAAACAAAACUAAUGUAGAUCUAUCAACUCUAACUGAAAGUGAAUUAUGCGCUACUCCAGAAUAAAUAAAUUUGCUACAAUAAAUUUCAACCUUUAACUUGGCAUUUUUGCAAUCUUAUUUCGAUUAGGAUGAGUUUAUAGAUUCUCCUGUAAAAAGAGAAAUAAAUAUAGGAACAUUUAACCUAAAAAAUGAUCAAUCUUAUUCUAUGGUUUUUGAAAUAACUAAAAACAUUUUAACAACCAGGGAUAACCCAUUCUCUAAUUAUCUUGUCUAGGAAUAGUAUGAGUUUUACUCUUUAAAAGCAGGAGCUAAUACAGUUGGUGUAGUCAAGCCUAAUAUAAAUGAUCAAUUUACCAUUUUUUUUAGUAAUAGUGACUAAUAAGUUUAUAUCGAGAGAAAAAUGCUUACUAUAUUGGACAUAUUCUCUACUUCUGGAGGUUUUGCAAAUACUAUCCUGCUGUUGACGAGAUUAAUCUCUCUAUUUUACUCAGUUCAAUUAUUUAAAUAAAUGCUGAUUGGAAGAUUAUGCUGGAUACAAUAAUUAUCUGCAAAAUCCUAGAACAAGGAAGAAGAAGUAUUUAAUGAAAAAGAUGGUAUUAAGAAUUCAAGUAUUGAAGAAAAUUCAACCUAAGAAAUAAAUACUAGCCAACUAAAACUUAGCAUUCUCCAUAGAAUAUAAUAAUCCAUUGGUACUAGGUAGAGGUAUUUGAAUAAAAGUUUGAUAUGCUUCAGAUUUUACAGAAACUAUCAUCAUUAUUGUAAAAAGUAUUAUUAGACAGAAGAUAUCAAGCGGAAAACCCUUGCACUUAAAAUAAUUAACAAGAAAACUAAUAUCGUAAGAGUAGUUGAGAACAUAGAAUAUCUAAAGAUGUGUAUGAGAAUAUUGCUAUAGGACUACUAAAGAAAGAUCAUUAAGCAGAAGUCUAAGAUAGUAAUCAAUCAAGACAAGUAUGAGACAAAGAAUGUCAUGCUUAUAAGGUAUAAUACUCAAUAAUUGGACAAUCGAGAUUUGGAAUAAAGCUUGAGAAAAAUUUUGUUUUCGAGUAAGAUAGUAGAUAAAUAAAUCCUUUAAUCACUAAUCUAAAACCCUCAAAGUGCAUAAUCACCUAGCAGUAUUAUUGGUAAGCAUGUAAAGGAUGAUUCGGAAGAUAACUUCACAAAGUACUUGGACUAAAAAUCAACUAUCAUGAUGUUACAGCACUAGGGAACAAUGUCUCCUAAAAAAUCUCCAAGAGUCAAAUAAUAUAAAUCGAGGAAAAUAAAAAAAGGCAAUCACGCAUCUUGCACACCAACUGGAAGCAAACCAUCCAGGCUAGAUAUGUUUAAUCUGUAAUUUGUUAACUAUAACUUCAUUUAGUCAAGAAUAAACUACCGUAAAAAAGUUCAAGUAAAACAAUUAGGAGCUUUACAGUUCACACAGGAAGGGUUUGAUAGACAGACUAGACUCAACAAAGAGAGAAUUUCAAGAAUUUUCUACAGUAUAUGCAAGUCCAACUACUAUCAUUCAGAAAUUAAAAUAGCCAAAUUAUAGCUCUAGUAAUCUUCAGCAAUAUAAUGCUUUUAAAAAUACAACUUAGCAAAAUAUCCCCAAAGAAGUAAGCUAACCUUCCUAAACACUAAAAUUAACUCUUAAAAAAAUUUCAUUUUCUAAUCUCGUUACUUUUAGAUCAUGGAUAAUGAAGAGAACAAUAAAAACAGAUUUACUUUAAGAAAACUACAUAAAAAAGGAAAGACUUUAAAUUAAUUUUGA